UAACAUGUGUUUUAAUCAAACAAAACAACAAAAUUCACAAUUCAUUCAAUGAUUUAUUGUUUUUGUUUUUUUUGUUAACAAUUUAAUUGACACUAAAUUUUUUGUUUGCCAUUCAUUUUCAUCAGUGAAGUCAAACAACAACAACAACAACGACAACGUAAACGAUGGCAACGAGUCGUCUAUUGUGUUGUCGAUCACCGACUAAUGUCUUUACCGUCGCCGCCGCCGCCAAACCAGUUGCUAGACUACCGUCGCGGCUAAACGUACGGACAAUAGCAUCGUUAUCGCCGCCGCCUGCAGUUAUCGGUCGCAGUCAAUGGUUGGCCAACGGCAGCGGUUGUCGCCAUCGAUUACUAUCGCCGAUAGCAUCAGCAUCAGUUGAAAUCAUCGGCGGCGGCCGCCAACAAUGGACCCGACGACCAAUGAGCUAUGUAAGUAAUAUCAAUGGGCGCGCAUCGGGUAGUAGCCGACGAAAACAAACUGUACGCCUGUUGGCCAUCGGUGCGGCCAUUGGUGCCGUAAUUGUCGGCUUCGAGUCUGUGUACGAGUACUCGAAAGUUAAACUAUCGAAAUCCCGACGCCAACAGUCUUCGGCCGCCAAACUGCUAGCGGCUGAAGAAGUACCGCAAUCGGCGGUCUCCAGACGUGUCGCUGGUCCUACCGAUUUGGGAAUGACAUUCACACUAUACCAGUACCAGUCGUGUCCAUUCUGUUGCAAAGUUCGGGCAUUUCUCGACUAUUUCGGUAUACCCUAUAAUGUUGUCGAAGUCAAUCCCGUAAUGAGACAACAGUUGAAGUUUUCAAAGUACCGAAAAGUACCGAUUCUUUUGAUUGAACGAAACGGUGAAACCGAUGUUUUGCAAAUCAACGACUCGACAACAAUUGUGUCGGCACUGGCCUCCUAUCUGAUCAGUCGUAAGCCAGAAUCGGUACAUAAGGACUACUCGCUGUCGGCAAUAGCCAAUUGGUAUAUCGAACGUAACGUUCCCCGCGACGACGGCACCCGAGGCGACGAAACUAUUAACAAAUAUUUUCUAAUGUUCGGCGACAUACAAAAACAGACACUCGACCGUAUCGAGGGAUCGGUAGCCGAGGAACGCAAUUGGCGGCUUUGGGCCGACGACCACUUAGUUCAUACGCUGUCGCCAAACAUCUACCGAACAAUGUCCGAAUCUCUGCGAUCGUUUCGACAUUUUUCGCUGAUCGGCGACUGGGAUAACAAUUUCAAACUAUGGGAAAAAUAUUUGUGUCUAUAUGUCGGUUCCGGUGCCAUGUGGUUGAUUGCGAAACGUCUGAAAAAGCGCCACCGACUCAGCGACGACGUCAGGACAUCGCUGUACGAUUCGUGCGCCAAAUGGACAAAAGCGGUCGGCAAAGAUCGCAAGUUUAUGGGCGGCGACAAACCAAAUAUGGCUGAUCUGGCCGUCUACGGUGUGCUCAACUCGAUAGAGGGCUGCGACGCUUUCGACGACAUGAUCGACAAAACCCGAAUCGGCAAAUGGUAUUAUUCGGUACAAGAGUUGGUCAAAAACAAGGCCGGCGUCAAUGAGAUUACAUUUAUUAGUAGUAGUAGUAGUAAUACUAAUAAUAAUAAUAUUAAUAAUAAGUCAUUAUUAACCAAUUGAUAUGAUGUACGGUACUGUAAUAUUAUAGUUAUUUAGUAACUAUAUAUUAAGUUUGAAUGUAUUAUGAAUUUGUUUGUUUUUUAAUUGUAAAAUACUGUACUCUGUUU